AUGCCUGGUGGCACUGCCCGCUCACUAGGCACACCAGCCAUGGUGGCUGAUGGCAUAUGCCACUGUGAUCGUCUUGCCCGCUGUCAAGCGGGGAGGGUUUCCCCCCUUACGUGGGUUAGUGACUCCUCUUUAACCGCCCGUGGAGAGUUGCCUCCCGGGAUCGACUUGGACACGCAGACCCCCUGUUAUCUCCUAGUGGGAGUGCAUUUCCCUAUCCGCGCGGCCUGGUCAGAGCCUCUGAGCAUCCCCCUCUCUCAGUCGGGCAACCAAGAGGGCAAGGCGGGCGUCCUUGAGAAGGAAGGGACCUCCGGUGACCCUGGGAGGACGGCUGAGACCAUGCCUGGAUCCACUAAAAAGUCUUGUAUCUCCUGUCACGCCAUGAUUGGCGUGGCAAGAAAGAAGUGCAACCUUUGUGGAAGGGAGCAGCCAUACAAGGCAAUUAAAAUGAAUAAGUUAAAAAAAAUUGAAGAAAAACCACCAACAAAGUUCAAUGCCGUAAAGGCAUUGGAUAGUGCCUUUAUUGAUUUACAUAAAUUGAAAGCAGUGGGGUUCUACCCCCUGCUCCUGGUGGCGAAGCAGGGGAAGAAGAAGUUUAAGGCCCAGCUGCUCCACCUGGAAGAGCAGCCAUCCAGGGAGACGAUGAAGGCAUUUGCCACAAUUAAAGGGGUCUUCGAGACCUUCCUCAACUGGGCAGAAACAGCUAUUUAUGCAGUGGCAUCCUUGCCCUUUAUGUGGCAAAAGGUGGAGGUCAUCGUGGACAAAUGUGGAGAAUAUUGUGUAAAUAAGGAAGAAGAAAAUAAAUGAUAAUAGUCAUCUUUAUCUUCACCUGGUCUUUAUGUCUUGUCUCUUUUUUGCUCAGCUAAUGACAUGAACUACAUUCUGGAGAGGAAGU